GUCAUCAUGACAGUGCUCUUACCCAUGUUCUUUAUACAAUCAUUGCAUUCCUGGGUGUUGCAGAUCACAAGGGAGGAGUACUGCUUCUGGUACUGGCAUUGUGCUGUAAGGUUGGUUUUCACAUGGCUUCCCGAAAACUAUCUGUAGAUGUAGGUGGAGCCAAGCGUCUUCAAGCUUUGUCUCAUCUUGUUUCUGUCCUUCUGUUGUGCCCAUGGGUCAUUGUCCUCUCUCUGACAACAGAGAGUAAAGUAGAGUCUUGGUCUUCUCUCAUCAUGCCUUUCGUAACAGUCAUCUUUUUUGUUGUGAUCUUGGAUUUCUACGUGGAGUCCAUAUGCUCUGUCAAGAUGGAAGCUUCCACAUGUGCUCGAUAUGGAUCCUUUCUUAUUUUCAUUAGUGCGCUGCUUUUUGGCAACUUUUGGACACAUCCAAUAACAGACCAGCUUCGAGCCAUGAACAAGCCACCACACCAUGAAAGCACAGAGCACGUUCUCUCUGGAGGGGUGGUAGUGAGUGCUGUCUUCUUCAUUUUAUCUGCCAAUAUCCUGUCCUCCCCCUCCAGGAAAGGGCAGAAGGGUACCCUUAUUGGCUAUUCCCCUGAAGGCACUCCUCUCUAUAACUUCAUGGGUGAUGCUUUACAUCAGAGCUCUCAGUCAUUACCCCGCUUUAUUAAGGAGUCACUGAAACAAAUCCUUGAGGAGUAUGAUUCUAGGCAGAUCUUCUAUUUCUUGUGCCUAAAUCUGGCUUUUACUUUUGUGGAACUUUUUUAUGGAGUAUGGACCAAUAGCCUUGGUCUUAUUUCUGAUGGAUUUCACAUGCUUUUUGAUUGUUCUGCAUUAGUGAUGGGGCUUUUUGCAGCUCUGAUGACAAGAUGGAAAGCAACUCGCAUAUUUUCUUAUGGAUAUGGACGUGUAGAAAUUCUCUCUGGAUUUAUUAAUGGCCUCUUUCUGAUGGUGAUUGCUUUCUUUGUCUUCAUGGAAUCAGUGGCCAGACUGGUGGAUCCUCCAGACAUAGAUACAAAUAUGCUAACUCCAGUCUCUGUUGGAGGGCUGAUCGUAAACCUUGUUGGUAUCUGUGCCUUCAGCCAUGCACACUCCCAUGGGGCUUCUCGAGGAGCUUGUCACUCGCAUGAUCACAGCCAUUCUCACCACGGGCACAGCCACAGCCAUGGGCACAGCCAUUCCCACAGUGACCAUGGGCACAGCCAUGGACAUUCCCAUGGGUCUUCUGGAGGAGGCAUGAAUACCAACAUGAGAGGUGUGUUUCUGCAUGUGUUAGCAGACACUCUUGGCAGUGUUGGUGUUAUAGUAUCCACGAUAUUUAUUCAGCAAUUUGGAUGGCUCAUAGCUGAUCCACUCUGCUCUCUUUUUAUUGCUACGCUGAUUUUUCUUAGUGUUAUCCCACUAUUGAAAGAUGCCUGUCAAGUGCUUUUGUUGAGGAUACCUCCAGAACAGGAGAAGGAUCUGCAUACUGCUUUAGAAAAGAUUCAAAAAAUAGAGGGAGUCAUAUCCUACAGAGAUCCUCAUUUUUGGUGCCACUCCGCCAGUGUUGUGGCAGGUACAAUACAUGUGCAAGUGGUAUCAGAUGUGAUGGAACAGAGGAUUGUACAGCAGGUUACAGCAAUUCUGAAAGAUGCUGGCAUAAACAACCUAACUGUCCAAGUGGAGAAGGAAGCUUAUUUUCAACACAUGUCCGGACUCAGUACAGGAUUUCAGGAUGUCCUUGCAAUGACUCAGCAACUAGAAUCCAUGAAAUACUACAAAGAUGGUACUUACAUCAUGUGAUAGAAAGUUGUCGUGUUCGCCAAAGCAGGUGUAAAUGGUGAAGCUGUUGGAUUCCUUAUUCAUAUUUUUGUCAGGAGACCUUGCACAUACAUGUACAGAAACAAUUGUACAAUAUAUUUGAAUUUUUUUAAGCAUACUAUCUUUAUUAAAAUUGGAUCAAGAUGCUUUUAUAAAGGAACUAAGAUGUGCUUGAGUAUUUGCUGAAUAUAUGUGAAAAUAAUGGAAAUCUUAAAUACUGUACUUGGUGUUUAUUAAACAGAAGUCUUGCAACUUGUGGGUGA